CAUGAAAGCACGCCACCACAUAUGCAUUUCAUUCAGAGAAGGGAAUGCCCUCAAGGCAGCAAGAUUCUCAGCCUCAUCCUCACCUUGAGUAAUAUUCUGUGAUAUAAUACCCCGUCUCGCCACAGCAGAUGUGCCUCGCAGUCAACCCAACUCCAUCUCUCACAGCCGCUGUUUAUCUAUCAGACGUAUAUCCCUUGCCUUUGAACCGACCAUUAGCGAUGCCGGGUAGCCCGCAAGGAAAUCAAGCAGGUGGCGGAGAGCCACCUGAGCGGCGAACAACAUUUAGGUCUCCGACGUUUGACUCAUUUCGACGUCGAGGAACCGGAACAUCUACAAGAUCAAAUAAAGAGAGAGAGAAGUGGCCGUUUCAAGAGCAUUUUUCUUGCUACGAAGGUCUGACUUGGGAGGCGUUGAGGGGAUAUUUGGAGAGGAAAUGGCCUGGUAUUAGGCUUGCUGAGCGGAGAGAACUGGAUCAAUGGCUGUUCGAGAUACCUGAGCGAUUGACAGAUGGAGAUCGAGACAACAUCGCUGCUUUGAGAGACAUCAAUACGGGCGGUCGACGCCGACAAAGGACGCCUGAAUAAUGGUGUUCAACAUGGUGGAGAGGCGGUGGCUUAGAGCCAACUCAGCCAAGCCACACAGGCAGACAUCGUAAUUAUUCCACAUUGCCGCAGAGCCUUGUAAUCGUCAUGCUGGACCAAUCGAAAUGUCUUAGUCUCA